UGCGAGUGGGCGUGUCAAUUUAAACGGAAGUACGGCAGCGUGCCCUUGCUGAGCAGUAACGUGAGCGGAAGUUGCCUUGGUGGUAUUCUCCAAAAUAUAGUAUUCCGGGUAACUCCAUGUUGUGAAAUAAAUCGGCAGGCUGCCCCCCCCCACCCCAUCACUCCUGUGAGAAGAUGCCUCUACACAAGUACCCCCCUAAACUGUGGAACACGUUAAAGCUCAAGGAGGGCAUAUAUGCCCGCCUACCACAGCACUAUCUGCGCUCUCUGCAGGAGACACGGCCACCUACUGCAGUCCACUGGAAGCCACUGGGAGUCAAAUACAGACUUAACCCCAAAAGUGGGGUUCGAGAGCGCGUGCAGGAUGUUCCCAUCCCCAUCUACUACCCCCCAGAGUCACAGAGGGGCCUGUGGGGAGGGGAGGGCUGGAUCUCAGGGUACCGCUACGCCAACAACGAUAAGCUCUCAACGAGGGUGAAGAAGUGCUGGAAGCCUCAGCUUUUUGAUCGGUUUCUGUAUAGUGAGAUUUUAGACCACAAGUUCUGCAUCACGGUUACCAUGCGCACCCUGGACCUCAUUGAUGCUGCGUAUGGCUUUGACUUCUACAUUCUCAAGACCCCAAAGGAGGACCUGAACUCCAAACUUGGAAUGGACUUGAAGCGGGCAAUGCUUCUCAGACUGGCUCGCAAAGACACUGAGCUCUACCCUGAGGAUCCUGAUCGCAGGGAGAGGAUCUACAACAAAUACAAGCAGCAGUUUGUGAUACCAGAGGAGGAAGCUGAAUGGGUUGGGUUGAGUCUCGAGGAGGCUGUGGAGAAGCAGAGACUACUGGAACACAAGGAGCCAACCCCGCUGUUUUACAAGUGUGUGGAGAACCUUGUGAAGGAGCUAUCUGCCCAAAAGCUAUCUGAACCUGUGAUUGUGGAGAAGAAAUGAGGGCCUUUUUAUGGAGACUGUGGGUCGUUGGGUGAAUUGGGGAUGAAAACUGUCCUGCAAUUAUCCUAUUAGUUUUUUUUUUCCUCAAAUUUUGCUCAGCCAGACCUGUACAGUUAAAUGUAACAUCUCUACAUGUAUACUGAAUUCAGGUUUAAAAAUAAACUUUCCAUGCACCUACUGCUUUGUGUUACUGACCUUGAAUGAACAUGAAGGUGGAAAUGUGUUAUUUGCAUAAAAACAAGGGUAAUGCCUCUGAUUUGUGUCUGUGUAGCUCUUAAGAGAAUCUGCCAUUUUCUUCAGUUGUCAUCAAUUUUCAUUCACAUGUGAUGGA